UUAUUUACUGAUUGAUAUUCGACUUUAGUUUAAUUAUAAUAAAAUAAAAAUGAAUUUUUGUUUUAAAAAUUAUUUGAUUGAUUUGAUUGAUUUUUUGGGGGGUAAAAUUUUUAAUUUAAUUAACCCUCCUCUCCCCGCCACAGUGGCCAGAAUAUAAAUAUUUGGUUACCAUUAAACAGAAUUGAAAAUUAAAUUGACCAAAUGGGAUCAAUUUGUUCAAGUGUUUCACCUAAUGAUUUUUCACAAAAAAAGAUAAGUAUUGAUUCACCUGAUAAUAAUCGUAAUUCGAAACAACAACAGCAACAUCAUCAUCAUCAUGAUCAUCAACAACAACAACAACAACAUCCCGAAAGAUCAUUAUCAAAUUCGACAAGUAAACGUAAUCAAUCAAACAAUGAUAAAUCAAUAAAUUUAACAUCAUGUCCACGUUUACCAUUUCCAAAAUCAAUACAACCAUCAAUACGUAUUGAUAAAAGAAAAAUGGAACAAAAAUUAGAACAAGAAGAUAUAUUUCGUCGUGCUGUAUCGAAAAUUGGUUUUCAUACAUUAAAACAACGUUUACAUUCACUACAACAACAACAACAACAACAACAACAAACAAAACAUCGAACAAUAUCAAAUCAAUCGAUUGAUAAACAACAACAACAACAACAACAAUCAAAACUACAACAAAGAUUAUCGAAAAGUAUUCAAUGUAAAAAAUUAUCAUCAUCAUCAAUGAGAGAAAUGAAAAAGAAACAAAUUUUGAAUAAAAAAUCCAAUACUACAAACAAAAGCAAUGAUAAUAAAACAAUAUCGAAAAAAAAUUCAAAAUUCGAAUCAAUUAUAACGAAUACAAGUUCAGCAACAUCAUUCAAUUCACAAAUUAGUAUUUUAUCAGUGAAAAGUAAAAAAAUGUAAAAACCAAAAAAAAAAACUAAAAAAAAUUAAAUUUUUUUAAAAUAAAAUCUUUGAAAAAUCUUCGAA